AUGGGAAGACUCAGGAGUUUUGUCUUCCUCUCUGUUCUAUACCUGCUUCAGGAUUGCAAUUCUGAACAACUGAAAGGCAAUGGCUAUGAAGGUAUUAUCAUUGCUAUAAACCCUGAUGUGCCAGAAAAUGAAGCUCUAAUUACAGAAAUACAGGACAUGGUGACUGAAGCUUCUACUUACCUGUUUAAAGCCACAGAAAACAGAACAUAUUUUAAAAAUGUAAAUAUAUUAAUUCCAGACACCUGGAAACAAAAACCUGAAUAUAUGAGGCCAAGACAUGAAAGCUACAAACAUGCUACUGUCAUAGUUGCACCACCUGCAUUGCCAGGUAGAGAUGAACCCUACACCAGACACUUUUCACAGUGUGGAGAAGAAGGAGAAUUCAUUCAUUUGACCCCUGACUUUCUACUUGGAAACAAGCAAAGUGAAUAUGGGCCACCAGGUCAACUGCUUGUCCAUGAAUGGGCUCACCUCCGCUGGGGAGUGUUUGAUUUUGAUGAGUAUAAUGAUGAUGAGCCUUUCUAUGCUGCUUCAAACAAGAAAAUUGAAGCAACAAGGUGCUCCCAAGGGAUUACUGGUUCAAAUAGAAUAUAUAAGAAUCAAGGACCAUCAAUUGUACUUAGACCAUGCAAAUUUAAUUCCACCACAAAACUAUAUGAAAAAGCUUGUCAGUUCUUCCCUGAUAAGCAAACUGCAAAAACAUCAAUAAUGUUUAUGCAAGGUAUAGAUUCUGUCAUUGAAUUCUGUAAUGAAAAGAACCAUAACAAAGAAGCUCCAAACCUACAAAAUAAAAAGUGUAAUCGCAGAAGCACAUGGGAAGUGAUCAGCACUUCUGAGGAUAUUAAGAACACAAUGCCUAUGAUGGCACCACCCCCUCUACCUGUGUUCUCAUUGCUGAGGGUCGGUGAAAGAACUGUGUGCUUAGUUCUUGAUAAGUCUGGAAGCAUGGGGGAAAUUAAAUCUGUAUAUCCCCAAAUAAAUGGAUCUGAAAUAGUACUGGUGACUGAUGGAGAGAAUAACACUCCAAUAGACUGUGUUGAUGAAAUGGUACAAAGUGGGGCCAUCCUUCAUUUAAUAGCUUUGGGACCGAAUGCUGACAAAAAUGCCAUUGAAAUGAGCAGUCGAACAGGAGGAAUGCAAAUGGCCUUAUUGAAGCUUUCUCAGCCCUUACAUCUGGAAACACUCCUCUCUCUGAAAAGUCUCUUCAGAGUGAGAACGCUCAGCAGAAGUAACUGGAUAAAUAACACUAUAAUCAUUGAUAGCACUAUGGGAAGGGACACAUUCUUUUUCAUCACAUGGAUCAAAGAGUUACCCUUAGUUUCCCUCUACGAUUCCGAAGGAACAAAGAUGGAAAAUUUCACAGAAUAUAAAGAUUCCAAUAUGGCCUACCUCAGUAUUCCAGGAAUUGCAAAGGCUGGCAUUUGGACUUACAGUCUUCAAGCCAAAGCAAAUGAGGAAAUACUAACAAUUACAGUAAAUUCUGGAGCAGCAAAUUCUUCUGUGCCUCCAAUCACAGUGAAUGCUAAAAUGAAUCAAAGCACAUAUGAUUUCCCCAACCCUGUGGUUGUGUAUGCAGAAGUUGUACAAGGUUUUACACCCAUUCUUGGAGCCUCUGUGACAGCCAUCAUUGAAUCAAGCCAGGGAACCACAACUUUGGAACUCCUGGAAAAUGGUGCAGGUGCUGAUUCUAUAAAGAAUGAUGGGGUCUACUCCAGAUAUUUUAUAGAUUUUAAAAAUGAUGGCCGAUAUAACUUAAAAGUAAAGGUUCAAGGAGGAGCAACUGCCAUGAGAAGCUUAAGACAUCUCCAAAAUACAGCAGCAUUUGUACCAGGCUGGGUGGUUAAUGGGGAAAUUCAAGGAAAUACACCAAGACCUGAGACUGAUAAGGAAAUUCAAACAGAGGUGGAGAAUUUCAGCAGAGUGGCAGCUGGAGGUACAUUUGUACUUUCAGGCAUUCCACCUAGUUUCAAUUGCUCCCCUUUAUAUUAUUUCCCACCAAGUCAAAUCACAGAUCUUGAGGCCACGCGUGAGGGGAAUAUGAUCACUUUAACAUGGACCGCACCAGGAGAUGAUUUAGAUAUUGGAAAAGUUCGACAGUAUAUCAUAAGAAAAAGUGGAAAUAUCCUUGAUCUAAAAGACAAUUUUGAUGGUGCCAUGCAAGUAAGCACUAACAAUCUGAUACCAAAGGACUUCAACUCCAAGGAAACAUUUGCAUUUGAACAAGAAAAUGUAGCAAGAGAAGAUGCAACUCAUAUGUUCUUUGCCAUUCAAAGUGUGGAUGAUAGCGGUCAACAAUCUGAAAUAUUCAACAUUGCACAAGUAGCAUUGUUUAUUUCUCAAGCAGAUGAUGAACAAGAGGAAAAUUAUUAUCCUAGUUCUGGAAUUAGUAUUUCUACUGUGGUGUUGGCGGUGGUUGGAACUCUGGCAGCUAUUAGUAUUAUUGUCAGUACCACUAUUUGUAUCAUUAACAGGAAAAGAAGUUCAAAUAGACCCAGUACAGGGUUUUAG